AUGGCGCUCCCUCCCAAGUGGUACCAGUUCCUUGUGAGCGUCUUCGCCUCGCUUGGUUCUUUCAACUACGGUUAUGACCUGGGUGUCAUUGCUUCCGCCAUUGCUUCGGCAUCCUUCAAGACCAAGUUUGGCGACGAUCCCAACGAGAUUGGUGCCGUCGUCUCCGUCUUUACCGGAGGUGGUUUUAUCGGUGCUGGCCUUGCUGGCCCUACGGGUGACAGACUUGGCCGUAAGCUAACCAUCCUGAUCGGCGCUACCAUAUUCGUUCUCGGCGGUGCUCUCCAAGCCGGAGCGCAAUCGUUGGCCUUUCUCUAUGCCGGACGCGCUCUCGCUGGUGUUGGUGUCGGUUUCCUGACUAUGAUCAUCCCCAUGUACCAAGCCGAGCUUUGCCACCCAAGUAUCCGCGGACGAGUCACCGCUCUGCAACAGUUUAUGCUCGGUGUUGGUGCUCUCUGUGCUGCAUGGAUCUCCUACGGCACGUAUGUCGGAUUUGCCGAGGACGAUAAUAACCAAUGGCGUGUCAGCCUGGGAAUCCAAUGUAUUCCCGGUGGUAUCCUGGCUCUGCUCAUUCUCUUGUUUCCUGAAUCUCCUCGUUGGCUCAUCGAUCACGGCCGCCUAGACGAGGGUCUCCAGACUCUAGCCAAGCUGCAUGCACACGGCGACAUCAAUGACGCCUGGGUUCGCGCCGAGUUUGACCAGAUUCAAGAAUCCAUCGCUUUGGAGCAUGAAGGAUCUGCCAAGUCCUACAAGGAGCUCUUCACCGACAAGUCUUGCUUCCGUCGCCUCUUUCUUGCUUGCGCUCUGCAGGGUUCGAUCCAGAUGACGGGUGUGAGUGCCAUUCAGUACUACUCCGUCGCCAUCUACGAGAAAAUCGGCAUUGCUGGUGACGAAACUCUCCGCUAUCAGGCCAUCUCUUCCGUCAUCGCACUGGUGGCCCAGUUCCUUUGCAUGAUGCUCAUCGACAAGACUGGCCGCCGAUGGCCCUUGAUCUUGGGUAAUCUUGGCAACUGUGUUACCUUCAUUAUCGCAACCAUUCUACUGGCAAAGUUCCCCCCCGGCUCUGAACAUGCCAGUGGAAGCGCCGCUUGGGGGUUUAUUGCCAUGACAUGGCUCUACAACUUCAGCUUUAGCGCCACCUGCGGCCCUCUUUCAUGGAUUAUUCCCGCCGAGAUCUUUGACAUGAAGACUCGUUCCAAGGGUGUCUCAAUCGCAACCAUGACUUCGUACGCCUUCAACACCCUCAUUGGACAGACCACCUCCGUUGCCCUUGAUGACAAGAGCGGGAUCGGCUGGCGCUGGUACAUUCUCUUCAUUGUAUGCAACUUCACCAACGCCAUCUUCUUUUGGGCCUUCCUUCCCGAGACCGCCAGGCGUCCUCUCGAAGAGAUGAGAUACCUUUUUACCGAGGCUUCGCUUUUCAUCCCGACGUUGGACAUGAAGACGGUGGAGACUCACGAUCUCGAGCGAAGAGUCGAGGCCGUUGAGCAGAAGCGGGAACAUGAAACCGAGCACAUCUGA